AUGGCGUCCAUAAUGGUGAUGGCGCCCCAGAGGAAGAUAGAAGAAACGGACAUAGAGAUCGUCUGGCAAUCUCCGGCAAACCCUCCGGAACGGAAAGAUUACAUCUUUCGCAACGGGAGGCGCCAUGUGAGACCCUACUACUUUGAGUUCAUUGCUCAUGUUAAGAAGCGGUGGGCGGGGAAGACCAUCGUUGACUUGUUCACUGACGAGUUCAAAGGCCGGAAUCGUGACUACUAUAUUAGUGCGGUUAAAUGUGGGAGGAUACAAGUUGAUGGGCAACUUGUGCCGGUUUCCUUCAUAGUUAAACCGUCGCAAAAGAUAAGCCACUUCCUGCACAGGCAUGAACCGCCCGUGAUGACUUGGGAUGUGAAAAUUCUUGAAACAGAACCCGAUGUGGUCACCAUUUGUAAACCUGCAUCUGUUCCAGUGCAUCCAUGUGGUCAGUAUCGUAAGAACACUGUUGUUGGCAUCCUACAGGCAGAGCAUGGCUUGGCACCUCUAUUUCCGAUUCAUCGACUCGUCUGGUCUAAAGAUCUCCUUAUCUUGGCCAAAAGCGCAGCACAAGCUGACAUUUUCAGGCAAAAGAUUGAGGGAGGGAUGGUUCAUAAACAGUACAUUGCAAGAGUGAUUGGAGAGUUUCCUGAGGAGGAGCAAGUUGUAGAUGCUAACAUAAAUCAUAAUGCUCGAGAAGGAAGGAGCUCUGCCGAGGUCGGUGAUUCUUGUGGUGAUGCUCCCACAAAGGGGAAGACUGCUUGUACAAAGUUUACUAGAAUCAGUACGAAUGGAACUCAGAGCAUUGUAAUGUGUGAAUCGGUCACUGGCUGCACUCAUAAAAUAUGCGUCCAUUUGCAACAUGCAGGCCAUCCAAUAGCGAAUGACAUGCUUUACCUGUCCAAACAUGUAAGUGAUCGUUCAGCUGAAGGAAUAGGUGCUGAUAGAGCUGCUGCUAAUCCAGACCACUCUCCGGCUUCUGGUGUUGGCGAAAAUAAAUCCACUUCGCAUGAAGAUUCUAGUGAGGACUUCAGCAUUGAUCCAAUGUGUUCAAAUUGUCCAAAUUUAGCUCCAAAAGGGUAAGAUCUUUUCUUUUCAGGCUAGUCUGCAUGAUUAGUCUUUUAUGUGCAUGCUUCGUUGGUUGUAUACU